UAACCCCGCCCCUCCUUCGUGUCUCGUCGCCUAUUUCAGGCAUUGUUCAUGUGCUAGCCAAGAGGCUAGUUCACAAUAAAUCACGUUUAAAUUCUACCGCCAUCAAGUCUCACCGGAAUUUUUUACUGAACUGUUCGGAGGAUUUGACGGCUGAACCAUGAGCAAGAGAAAAGCCCCGCAAGAGUCCCUAAACGAAGGAAUAACAGACUUUCUUGUGGAGCUGGCCAACUACGAAAAGAACGUCAACAGGGCAAUUCACAAGUACAAUGCUUACAGGAAAGCAGCCUCAACAAUUGCCAAGUAUCCUAAUAAGAUCAGAAAUGGUGAAGAAGCCAAGAAGCUGGAUGGAGUGGGUGCUAAAAUAGCUGAAAAGAUUGAUGAGUUCCUACAGACAGGGACUCUACGGAAAUUGGAAAAAAUUCGAAAUGAUGACACCAGCUCUUCCAUCAAUUUUCUCACAAGAGUAACCGGAAUCGGCCCAGCAGCUGCCAGGAAGUUUUUUGAAGAAGGCGUAAAGAGUCUUGAAGAUUUGAAGAAGAUUGAGCACAAGCUUAACCACCACCAGAAGAUUGGACUCCAAUAUUUUGAAGACUUUGAAAAAAGGAUUCCGCGAGCUGAAAUGGAAAAGAUGGAGACACUUAUUCUUGGAGAGUUGGGGAAGAUUGAUCCAGUCUACAUAGGGACAAUAUGUGGAAGUUACAGGAGAGGCGCUGCCUCCAGUGGUGAUAUUGAUAUCUUGCUGACCCACCCUGACUUCACCUCUCAGACUGAAAAGAAGCAACCUAAGCUUCUUCAUGCUGUGGUAGAACAUUUGGAGUCUAUUGGUUUUGUGACUGACACUCUAUCCAAAGGGGACACCAAGUUCAUGGGUGUCUGCCAGCUGCAGCAAGGAGAUGAAGAUGAGGAAGAAUACCUUCACAGGCGUAUUGAUAUCAGGUUAAUCCCAAAGGACCAGUACUACUGUGGUGUUUUGUAUUUCACUGGGAGUGAUAUCUUCAAUAAAAACAUGAGAACCCAUGCUUUGGAGAAGGGCUUCACACUCAACGAGUACACCUUAAGACCACUUGGGGUCACUGGUGUGGCAGGGGAGCCUCUUUUGGUGGAUAGUGAAAAAGACAUCUUUGAUUACAUCCAAUACAAAUACAAAGAGCCGAAGGAUCGAAGUGAAUAAAGACAAAGAACGCUUUUAAGUCUUGAAA